AAUUUGUGUCAGCUUUACAAUUACUGGAAUUGAAGGAAUUAUUAUCUAAACUUAAGGAAGCCCUCGGCACUGUUACACUUUACCAAUAUCCAACACGCAAAUACAUUUGUCAAACAGUUGGUCAGUGUGUUGGGUCGAUGUUGAUUACGCCACUUGUCCACCAGGUGACGUGUUGAAUACGCCGCAGAUUGCAUAUUACGCCACUUGGAUCAACUGACCAUCCCCACGUGCGGAUUAAGGAUAAUUGGUGUCGGCGUUAACAACAUGCUCCCGGGAUGUAAACCUGUUAACCUGACAUCAUACGUCCAAUACACUCAAAGUUCUCUAGAAGCCAGGGUGCGUUCGUACCACACAACAGUGUUACGGCAGUAGUAAGGGUGCAUUCGUACAUAUGUACCACGCAACAAUUUGCCUUGGUGUUUUGGGUGCGUUUGUCAGUGAAUGGACUCACGUGCUGCUUACCGACGCUUAAUGCAUUCCUGGAUUGUGACAAUCGUGAACAUUCAUGCUACAUCACGGAUUAACCAGACCAAGUGUAAUUCCGUGUUCAUAUCUGGCACAUUAGCAGGAUGUGUUUUGUGGUGAUUACGAAGUGGUUCGCAUCAAGUGGCUGAUAUUCCAUUGAUUCUGCUCUCUAGUUACUAAUAUCACGUAUUAUAUUUGGAUACAUGUUUACAAAAGCGUCGAAUUACCGGGCCACCAUUGUGACAGCUGCCAUGUUCACGAUCCAGCUACGUUAAAACCAUGAUUUCCGAAGACCAUGACAUGCGAUGAAAGCGCCAAAGCAUUUGAAGCUAUCCUCAGUCGUACACGUCCAUUUGGAUUCUACCAGAAGCGUCUAUUUUUCCUCACCACCCUGUUACAAUCCCUGUGCUGGGUGAUCCUGAUGUACCUCAACUUCCUCAAGAAAAACGCAUGGGUGGAACAACCGUGCUUGAAAUCGGUAGCAAAAGAUAUCAUUUCCGUAGGAAACUUCACAAAUAGUACCGAAUCCCCUUUAGUGCAGACGACAGUCAUCCAAGCAAGAGCGUGUCUAGAGACGUCAAACGUCACCACAGAGGUCAAAUGGAUAUUGCCAAAGUGGAUGACCUGGGGACCAGACGCCACCCUUUAUGAGUACAUAUGGUAUGGUCAGAGUAGUGGAUUGAUCGCUGGCGCCUUCGUUGGAGGUUUUUUUGGCGACCUUGUCGGCAGGAAGGUCAUCUUGUUCUUCAUGUUCACAGGCAUGUCAGUGGCACAGGGCAUGGUUGCUCUGUCAGAGGACUGGUUUAACUUUCUCAUAUUCCGAAGUCUCGUUGGACUUUUUGCUGGAGGAUUCGUGGUAACCAGUAUGGUGCUGACGGUGGAACAUAUAGGACAGAACUGGCGGGAUGUUUGUGUGUGCUCAUGUCUGUGGACCCUUGGUAUCGUGGUCCUCUCCUUCGAGGGCUGGCUCACACAGCACUGGCGAUAUCUCGCCAUCGCCACAUCUGCCACAAGCCUUCCUUUCAUUGGUACAUAUUUCAUAUUUCCGGAAAGUUUCCGAUGGUACGGAUGUCGAGAAAGAUUUGCAGAAUCUGAAGCUGCUAUCAGAGAAAUUACGUCUGCUAAUACUACAUCAGUACCGGAUGUGACGUCACUGUGUGAUCGAGCUAGGCUCGCCGUCCUAAAUUCUAUGCACAAGAGAACUCAUACCUUCACGGAUCUGUUCCGUACCAGGAAAUCCUGCAGAUAUACCAUUGCUGCCAUCGUGUGUUGGUCCGUAAGCUGCGCCGUCUACCGCUGUUUACUGGACAGGAUGGACAGUCUCACUGGCAAUGUUUACAUUGAUAUUUGUAUCACCUACACCAUCGACUUGCCCAUCGUCUUCUCUGCCAUCGUCAUCAACAAAUGUAUUGGCCGCCGCUGGUGCCUGUUCCUGUAUGGAACCUCGUCCGGGUUCGCUUUGAUGUGCAUCAUUGUCCUCCACAUCACAAAUAAUCUGGACAAAGACGAACAGAUGGUCACAAGCAUAUCCGUGUUCGGUAAACUGGGUGUCACUGCCUCCAUGGCACUUGCCGGUCUCGUCACCAUAGAAACCUAUCCCACCGCCAUCAGGUGUAUGGGGACGUCGGUUGGGAUAAUGUCUGGAGUGAUUGGCUGUGCUGUGGGCAGACAGAUCCUCUCCGUUUUCACGAAGAACUUCCAUUAUACUUUGCCUUAUAUCGGGUACGGAGUACUGAUGACAAUAGUUGGAUUCUCUGGACUUCUUUUCUCGGAGACGCUACAGCGUCCUCUACCGGACUUGCUCCCAAGUCGACAUCGACAGAUUGGCAUGAAGGAAGUCAGUUUAUCCACACAGGCGUGGGGAGCCGCCAGAUGAAGGGUCAUCGACUAGAUCGAGCGGAAACGUUUAUAGACGUCCCUGAACACUUCGGUCUCCACUCCGGAGCAGACGAGCCAACCCUAGAUGUUGAGUUUUACGUGGACGGUACGCUGACUGGUGGCUGACAGUAUGUUUUGUCAACGGCAGGAACUUCGAGAUUACCAUGCUGGGGUGAUAGGGAAUCCUAGUCGCACAUGUAAAUAAUGGACCGUUAACUGCGUCUCGCCUCACGCGCUAACAUGCCCUUGUGACAUCGUGGUUAACUGUUAGGGUUACGUAUGUAUAGAUUUGGACUCAAUCGGAACGUAGAUUAAAUCCACACGUGUACCUUGUAUAAAUCCUGUAUUUCAUCACCCCGACACAUUAGCAAUAAAAUGGUUUUGUCAAA